AUGCUAACGGAAACUUAUAUUGUUUGGUAUUUUCCAGGAAUGGGUAGAGUAUCUGAAAGAGGUUCCAAAAUCAAGAAACAUAAAUGGACAAGAAGAGAAGAUGAAGCACUGAUAUCUGCACUCACAGGGCUAUGUCAAAAUGGUUGGAAAAGAGACAAUAACAUCUUCAGAAGUGGAUACACAACUGUCCUGGAGAAAGAACUGAAAUCAAAGCUUCCUGGAUGCAAUCUCAAAGCCAGUCCCCACAUCGAAUCAAGGCUCAAAACCUUAAAGAAGCACUGUGAUGCAAUCACAGAUAUGAAAGAUGCAUUUGGUAUAGAAUGGAAAAGCGCAGAUUCCACAUUAAUAUGCUAUGAUGAUGAUGUAUGGGAAGAUUGGGUGAAGGAUCAUUCAGAUGCCAAAGGCUUAAGAAAUAAGCCAUUUCCUUACUAUGACGAGUUGUGUCUGAUAUUUGGAAAAACCAGAGGCAAUCACAAGACUGUUGAAGAUGCAUCAAAUGGCAACAAAACCCUUACAGUAUACGAGACUAGUGAUUUAGCAUUUGAUCAAGCAUACAGAAGUAAUGAGAAAGUGUUGGAGACUGAAAACCAUGAGUCUGACCAUGAAGAGGGAAAUGAUCAUAAAGGUGAUGAAAUGGGAGCCGAUGAUUUAAAUGAUCAUGACCAUGAUGAUGAUGAUGAUGACAACGAUGAUGAUGAUGAUGAUGAUGCUUCAAUAGAUGAUAUUAUAAGGACUCCAGAUAGUGCUAACAAGAAGAAAGGUCAAGGUCAAGGUCAAGGUAGUGGAGGUUGUAUGUCUGGAAUGGAAUUGGCCAAGAUAUUUGAGGCAUUGCUUAAGAGGAAUGAGGAACAGUAUUCGAUUCUGGCGGGAUUAGUAGGGCGGGAGGUGGCGGCAGAUAAGGCGGCAGCUGAGAAAAGAGCGGGGUUGAAUGGGGAGUUGAAGAGAAUACCAAAUCUUGGUCUACAAGCAAGACUUAGAGCAGCAUCUAUAAUUGUUGGUGAUCAAGCCAAACUUGAUCUUUUUUAUAGUCUUGAGAGUGAAGAAAGAAAGGAAUGGGUGUCGAUGUUACUUUCUGGGCUUAUUUAGGGUCAUGGAGAUGAUGGUUUUUCGUGAAACUUAACUUUAUUUUGUUAAUUAAAGACUUAGAUAGAAAGGUUCUUUUAGAACUUAUUUUGUUACUCUUGUUAGUGUAUGGUUUCAUCAUAUAUCUAAUAGUUAUUCUGUUUAGAACAUUUCUCUUUUGUUUUUUUGACAAUUAGCGUACAAGAUUUCUUCUUUAUAUGUAUUAUUAGGGCUUGUGGGUAUACUAAACAAAUGAUGUUGCUAAUAUAUUACUUAUUGG